AUGUUCACAGAAAAGGUUGUGCUCAAACCUCAUGAUGUGUCGGUGUUUACAACUCUCAGUGUUAAUGGCCGGCUGUUUGCUUGCCCGCGGGAUCAGUUUGAUUCAUUGGCACCAUUACCAGAACAAGAAGGACCAUCUGCUGGUACAGUGGGAACGUUUGAACUGAUGAGCUCCAAAGACUUAGCACACCAGAUGACCAUUUAUGACUGGGAGCUCUUCAACUGUGUGCAUGAGCUGGAAUUGAUCUAUCACACUUUUGGAAGGCACAAUUUUAAAAAGACCACUGCAAAUCUGGACUUGUUUUUAAGAAGAUUUAAUGAAAUUCAGUUCUGGGUGGUCACUGAGAUUUGUCUUUGCUCUCAACUCAGCAAACGUGUUCAGCUGCUAAAGAAGUAUAUUAAGAUAGCAGCCCACUGUAAAGAAUACAAAAAUCUGAAUUCCUUUUUUGCUAUUAUCAUGGGACUGAGUAACGUUGCUGUGAGCCGUCUCUCGUUAACAUGGGAGAAACUUCCAAGCAAGUUCAAGAAGAUCUAUGCAGAGUUUGAAAGCUUAAUGGAUCCAUCAAGGAACCAUAGGGCCUACAGACUGACUGUAGCUAAAUUGGACCCUCCAAUAAUUCCUUUCAUGCCUCUACUUAUAAAAGACAUGACAUUUACUCAUGAGGGAAACAAGACGUUCACUGACAAUCUAGUAAACUUCGAAAAAAUGCGCAUGAUUGCCAACACUGUCAGGACGGUGAAAUUCUGCCGAAGCCAAUCUUUCAAUCCCGACGCAGCCCUAACGAAUAAGAACCAUCAGGACGUUCGGAGCUAUGUGCGGCAAUUAAAUGUGAUUGACAACCAGAGAACUUUAUCACAGAUGUCUCACCGACUGGAACCGCGUCGAGCAUAAACAGUUGAAGCGAUGAUGAGAAAUGAUCUUUUAUCCUGUCAAGGUCACUUGUUAAGAACUUCACUUUCUCUGCUACCGCACUGCCACUACAAAAAUAAGCAAAACCAUACUGUAAGGUCUUAGGCGACGCACAACGUACCAGCCUGUCAGAGAGCCUGAGCUGAGGAAGAAUUUAUGCUCUGUGGCUGUACGAGUGGCCGUAUCGUGAACUGUUAAUUCAUCUUAGAGUGUAGUAAAUGAUUUCUCACGUGGAUAAAAAAGGCAGCAGAUAGAAAUAGAAUAGUUAGUGAAAAUGCACAAAAAAACUUCGAACGACUCUAAGGGAGGUAGCAUUUUUCUCCCUAAUUAAAAAUCUGUAUCUUGUCAUUUAUUUUCCAAGUCGGGACCAAAACUGAUCAUCAGUUUCGCUUGCCCAGCUCCUG